CCCAACCAUAUAUAACAAUAUUAUUAAGUUCACAAAUCACAAUUAACCAAACCACUCACCCACCAAUCAUUUCCCUUAAAAUCUCAAUAUAAAACCACACAACUCCAUAUCUUUCCAAUUCAUCAAUCAAACAAUCAUUGCAACUACAAUUCCCAUAAUCAUACCCCAAAAUAAUGAAUUCUCAAAACCAAUCUCUCUUAUGCAUCUCACUACUAGUUAUUUCCCUCUUAUGUUCCACCACUUUAGCAGCAGUAUCUCCUGCCACGUCACCAAUUCAAUCACCAACUUCAGCCCCAACAAAACCCUUAAUCCCUACAUUACCCCAAUCACCAAAUGACAACAAUACCCCUGAAACUUCCUCAACAAACAUAGCUCAAAUCCUAAAACAAGCUAAUUCAUUCAACAUCUUCCUCCGUCUCAUGAAAACAACCCAACUAAUCAACCAAUUAAACUCACAACUCUUAACCAUAAAAUCCGGCGGCUUAACCAUUUUGGCGCCAGAGGAUUCCGCCUUCUCAGAACUUAAACCAGGAUUCCUCAACACACUCUCAAACGAACAAAAACUCGAACUACUUCAAUUCCACGUCGUUCCUGAUUUUGUAUCUAGCUCAAAUUUCGAUACUUUAACUAACCCGGUUCGAACACUUGCCGGUAACAAACCUGGAAAAGUUGAACUUAAUGUGAUUAGUUAUGGUGGAAAUGUGAACAUUUCAACCGGACAUGUUAACACAACGAUUAGUGGAAUUAUAUAUUCGGAUAAACAUCUUGCUAUUUAUAAGGUUGGUAAAGUGCUUAUUCCGUCGGAAUUUUUUCCUACUAAGAAAAUUGUAGCAGAGGUACCAGCUUUAGCACCGGCACCUACUACUAUUGAGGAUGCUAAGGCGCCGAAGGCAGAUAAGGAGAAACCCGUGUCUUCAGAUGAUUCUUCAUCGUCGCAAGUUGUUCCAACUGUGACCUCGGGUGCUAUGAGGAUCGACAUGUGUGGAACAUUGGUGGCACUUGUUGGAAUUGUGUUUGUGGGAGGUUUUUACAACAAAAUCUACUAGAACGGGUGUUAUGUGACAUAUUAAGCUACUAUGACACAUUGAUUUUUUUAUUUUCCUUUUGCAAUGGCUACUAUGAUACAGUGAUGUUUUUUGAGUGUUUAUGAUUGGGCAUGGAAAGUGAAAAGGGAGGGAAGUGUAUAUCUAUGUGAAUUCGUUCUAAUAAAUAAAAGUGUAUAUCUACGUUAUGUAUGUA